AUGAAACUCGUUUAUUCUUUAGCUAUCCCAUUCGUUGCUGCUGCACCUCUUGAAAAUCUCAUCAAAAAGGAUGGUUGUAGUUCAUGUCUUGAUGCUGGUGUCUAUUUACUUGACAAAUGUCCGGACAAAGAUCCUGAAAAAUUAGCAGAAUGUGUCUGUAAAUUAGAUGAUGAUUAUUAUGAAGAUUUAUAUGAUUGCUACAAGAACUGUGCUGAUGCUGAAGCUGAGGAACAAGCACUGUCUCCUGAAGAACUAAGACAAGCUGUCUGUUUGGCUUAUGAUUUCCAAGUACCUAACAGUUCAACAAAGUCAACUAUUUCCCAAGCUUCAACCACCUCCAGCUCUCAAGCUAGAACUCAAGCUGCUGAAAACGAUGAUGGUGCUUCCACUCAAGCUGCUGAUGACCGUAAUGUUGACGCUUCCACCCAAGCUACUACCACAAGUACUUCUGAUGACUCUAAUGAGAACUCGGGUGUUAGAUUAGGUGCCGGUUCGUUGACCGAACCCGGUUUCAUGUCAAAGAUUACAUUUUGUUGGAAUUUUGUUUUUGCAGCCAUUGUCAAAUCCAGAUUAGGAAAUGCCCUUCAAUUUUUUUUAAAACAAGGUGAGUUUAAUUUGCAACAAGAUGACACAUUCGACAAGUCUUCUACUGGCUUUAUCCCAAGGGAAACAUCUGAGGAAUAUCCGGUUUCAUGA